GGCGAUAACAAUUUUUGUUUGAGAAAUUUAUUGAUUACACUUGAAAUACAUUUUUGUUUCAAUUUGGGCGGAACUGUUUGUUUGUACAAACACUAGUUACAGACCUUGAAAGUCACUGCGUUGCGCAAUUAUCCUUUUUUGAUUUCAGCUAUGGAGUUUUCUAUCCCGGUAGAACAGAUCGGCUCGGAACACCAAAAAAUUCCAGCACUACUUAUUCGAAUUGACAAGACUUCGUGUACAAUAAAAUAUACUCAAAGUCAUACGCCUAUAAAAGUUGGCUUAUCUGAGUUGCAGCUAUCUCCCAAUGCGUUUUCCACUAAUGAGGAACAAACUGUCCUGUCCGGCUCAAUGCAAAAUGGUGGUUCAGCGAAUCAAUCCUUUUCACCUCGGGACCCUAUCGAGGUCUGGCUUGACUCCGGUUCUACUCAGAAGAAAAAGAACGUAACGGAUGCAGAAACAAGUGAUUCCAUAGACACAGUGUCCAACGGGCCACCUGGAGCAUGGUGGCCUGGCCGUGUUCUUACAAUACAAGGUGGUUUUGCCCAUGUAGAGGUUGCUGCCCCAUUGCAAGAAUUUACUGGAGUAGAGGAUAAACCAACUGCACAUGCUAUACCUCACUUGAUUGGAGUUAGUUCUGUCUUGCCGUACCGCUCUACCCUUGUAAAAGUUGAAGAAAUCCGAAUUCCUUGGAAUGGUAAGACCUCUGCUGAUCGGUCGCAAGGUAACAAUUUGGCGACAAGUCUUCUCAAGGACAGUUCAACCGAACCUACUAAUUUGCUGACACCUGGUAUUCUUCACCGUCACAGUAUUUGUAUUCCGGCUUAUUUGUCCCGAGUAGCAACUACUCCAGAAUCGCAUACGACUAUAGCCAAAUUUUGUGGCGCCCCAUGUCUUAUUCAGUGUGACUCUGAACCAUUCCUUCCGGGCACAUUUGCGAAAUCAAUAUUAGGAGAAGAAGGAUGUAGUGAAUCUGGUCAGCACACUCCAGCUCGUGGUGAUUCAGGAUCAGUAAGCCCAUCACUGUGCCUAUCUACAUACACGUGGCCUUCACCCCCCUUAAUAUCUCAAUCAGCCAUUAUGAAUAUUCCGCAUAUCGCGGGUACAUUGAGUCCAGCUGGCAUAACGGACCCAAAUAUCUUGUUGACAGGUUUGCCUGGAGCUAACGGACCACUUGUACUGUUGCAUAUUUGGUCUGGUUCUGCCGAAGCUAUCCGACGUGCAACGUUCUUGGAAUUAGGUCAUGUUCGUUUAUUAGCUGUCAGAUACCAUUUGCUUCGAAACCUGUCUAAAGGAGAGACAGGAGAAUUGGAAUUAUCCAACACUGCUGAUUUUGACUCAGAAAAUGGUGAUACGCCAGUAAUGCACUGCAAGCCCAUAAGUAUGCCAGCAUCUGCUUCAAACGAUAAACAAUCGUCUAGAGGAAUGAUUAUUGGGUAUCAAUGCCGUUUCCGCAUUUUACCACAUCUUAUCGGUCUCGCAAUUGGACACCGUGGUGCAACUAUUCAAGAGGCUCGAGCAAUACCUGGGGUUCGUGUAGUAGAUCUUCUUUACGAUGGAAUAGUCCAUGUCGAGGCUGAGACAAUCGAGGCUUGUCACUCUGUCCGAAACCUGCUAGAUUUUACAGAAGUUGAAAUUCCCGUUCAACCACGACUAGCAAGUCGACUUAUUGGAUCCAAAGGGAUGAAUAUUCGUAAGUUAGCAGAAGCUGCAGGUGUUCGUCGAGCUGAAUUGUUGGAUCCUGUUACCAGAAAACGUAGACAUAUGGCACAACGUCGGAAUCAAUUAGCAACACUUGUUGAAAAGGAUCAGACAAGUUCUGUAACGGAUGGGAAGGUAAAUGAAGAUACUUCAAACGGUGAAGGAAUGAACAACGGUGAUGAUAAAGUUACUAUCAACUUAGAUGUCUCCUUGGAAGGCAACAAAGACUCUGAUGAUGUCGUUGAUCUGCCUCCUGCUUUCUCGCUUGUUGGUACACGUUCAUCUGUCGCAAAAAUGCGUUUGCUUCUGGAAUUUCAAGCGGAUAAUUGGAAUGAAUUAGAUGAAUUAGAGGAAACUCGAAGGACGUUAUUUAGCCAGUUACGUCAAACUACUCAAAUGGUCAACAAGGCGGAUUCCCUUUCCCCUGGACGCUCCUCCAAUGGCAGGUCCAUCAGAGGCGGGAAUUUCGGUAGAAACAGACCUAUGGGUCGUGGUGGCCGUCUACCAGACAAUUCAAUUCCCGACCAGUCCACGGAUAAUACAGAAAUGUCUCGUCCGCCUAAUUCACGCGGAAACCGUCCACGUGGCAGAAGCACUCAUCAGUUCGAUGUACCUAAUGGUUCUGUGAGGAAUCGUCCACACCCCAACAACGAUUCACAAGAUGGUUAUUCCAAUGGUGUAAUGUCAACUGGUGAUCAUGAAAAACAUCCGAGUGAAUCGGGUCAUGGUACUUUUGAAAAGAAUUUUGAUCAGGUAUCAAGACAAGGCUCUGGUGUCUCCAGACGUGGUCAAAAUCGCAAUAAAACAAGAGCAAGUUAAAUAUUUGAAGAAAUGUCGAAACUCGCUACUGUUCUACUCCGGUUUUAUUCUACAUUUGUGUUGCAAAAAAGGACUAUGUUUUAGGUUAUAUUGUGCUUUUUUAAAGUUGUUUUUUUUUUUUUUGCAAAAAUAUUGAUCAAUAAAACACUGUGUAGAUUGUCUUCCUCCUCUUAGCAUGAAUGUGCUUUCAUUUUCGCAAUGUUUUGUUUUCAAUGGUGGUAGACACCAAAGUUUCAGAUUUUUGCUUAGUCUUCAAAGUGCAUUUACACACACAAGCCACAUUUGUGUAAUUAGACGCCACUUUCUGUUUCUUUAUGGCAACCUCACACUUUUAAAAUUUGGACGUUCCAACUAAUAUAACAAUGGCAUGCUGCCCCCUUUUUAAACAUCCUCGAUAAUAUUUUUUCUGAUUAAAUAAGACUACCGUUGAAAUUUUUUCGUGUGUGUGUGUUUUGUCUUUUGAUUUCAAAAUGUCAUUGGCUAUCUUUAACUCAGGUUUAAAUACUCAGGCAGUAUUGAUUGAGACACAAACGUAUCGCACUGUGUAAGUGAAUGCAAUCAGUUGUUUUUGUGUGUAUGCAUUCUAGUUAGUAAUAUAAAUAUCAAAUCACCAGCCAACCAAGGAAUAAACCCCUGUUGGUAUCUUUGCAGUUCCAUCAAACUGCUAACAGCUCG